UUGGCUCUCCUGCGUCAUCAUCCGGCGACGUUCCUUUCCUUUUUGUAAACAUUUGCCUGCAGUAGGUCGGGGAGUGAGUAAAGCGAGGGGGAAAUAAAACCCCCAUGGAUAAUCUUGUGAAGGUGCACGGAAGUGGUGGCUAUGACUCCGACUUCAGUGAUGAUGAUGGGGAGGGAGAGUCCUCAGAGAGGGGCCUUAAAAGGAAACGUGAGGAGGAAAUCUUACAGAAGCCAUUCAAGAAAGGUCGGCACUCGCAGGUGGCUCACCGGAGUCUACACUCUAAUGAGCUGGACAGGGAGGAAGCCAGGAACAGAAGAGCACAUCUGAUAUCAAUGAAUGCUUUUGAGCGACAUAAGAAGUUUGUCGGUGACUACAUACUUUAUUAUGGAGGACAGAUGGCCGACUUCAAACGCUCUCCAACCAAAGACAAAACAGAUCUAGAUGUGCUGCGCGAGAAUCACCGCUUCCUCUGGAGGGACGAGGAUGAGGAUGACAUGACAUGGGAAAAAGAACUUGCCAAGAAGUAUUAUGACAAGCUGUUUAAGGAGUACUGCAUAGCCGACCUCAGCAGAUACAAGGAAAACAAGUUUGGAUUUCGUUGGCGGACUGAGAAUGAAGUUGUCUCUGGCAAAGGUCAGUUCCAGUGUGGAAACAAACGUUGCGAGAAGCAGGAAGGCCUAAAAAGCUGGGAAGUAAAUUUUGCCUAUGUGGAACACGGCGAGAAGAGAAAUGCACUGGUCAAACUAAGACUUUGCCCCGAAUGCUCUUUCAAACUCAACUACCACCACAAGAGGAAGGAGGUGAAAGCAAAGACAAAGACUAAAAGGUUAUCGAUGGAGAACCAGGAGCCAUCACAGAAGAAGAAGAAAAGGAAGAGAUCGUCUUCACACUCCAAGAAGCACAAACACAAGAGGCACAGAGAUCGUUCCACCUCUUCCAGCAGCUCAGAGGAGUCGCAGGACUCGGACAAAGACUCCGAAGCUGGCGAUGAGCCAAAGGGCCAAUCGGAAGCCGACCACUGGCGAGGACCGGCCCCUGCUGUUGAGGAAAAGUCAAGGGAGGAGGAGUUUGAUGAGUACUUUGAAGACAUGUUCCUUUGACUGCUGGUAUCAGCGGCAACCCUGCUGCGACUACACUUCCUUUGGCGCACCGCUGACACUAAGCAUGUUCUGUUUGAGUCUUGUGUGCAUGUAGAUUUCUUUUGACUCUAUGUUUCAUUACUGCUACAGAAAUAAAACAAUGUUUAUCCUGUAA